AUGACGUCAUUCCCGUCCGUCUUUUCGACAAUAGCGAUUCCGCCAGAUUUCCUCCCGUGGCUGCUUGAAUCCGUCGCCGCCGGCGCUCUCGCCGUGUCGCAGCUGCCGCCGCUCGUGUGGUGGCUGCUGCUCGCGGCGCUCGCGGCGCUGCUGCUGGCGUUUCUCUACAAUUGGUUCGACCUGCACGUGGUCAGCCACGUGUUCGUCGGCGAUAAGGUGAAGGUGGUGCACCACGCCGGGUCCAACGUGGCGCGCGCCGUGUUCGCGCGAAUGCGCAUUCCGCACUUCUGGCCAACGCCCUGGCUGUGCAGUCCGCACCUGCAGACCACCUUCGUGCACUUCUGCGCGCCCACGCCCCACGUGCCUUACAUCAGGCAUGUGGUGCGCACACCUGAUGGCGGCACCCUCGGCCUCGACUGGGCUGAACCUGAAGCAGCAGGUGAGGGGUGCAGGGGGGUGCAGGGGGGCGAUAAGGGGUGCAGGGGGGUGAUGGGGGGCGCAUGGGUUUGUGAUAGUCAAUUCCAAAUCACUUCGUCGAAGUCAAAAUUAUCCUCCUCCCACCACACCCCAUCCCCCUCCAUGUCCGUCGUUUCACAUUACCCACCUUUUCCCCGUCCCUCCCAUUCUCCCGUUCGCCUCUGCCGUAAUGCAUUGUGCCACCUGCCAUUCUCCUGUCCGUUCGUCCCCCUCCAUGUCCGUUCGUUUCACAUUACCCACCAUUCUCCUGCAGUCGGUGGGGGGAAGGGCGGGAAGGGUGCAGGAGCGGCGGGAGUGGGGGGGAGCGGAGAGGCAAAGGUGGCGGGAGGGCGGGCGGAGCGCUCAUCACAGGUGCCGAUUGUGAUUGUGGUGCCGGGGCUCACCAGCCAGUCAAAUGACAAGUACAUGCGGCAGUGUGUGGCGGGCGUCACACGGCACGGGUGGCGAGCGCUGGUGCCCAACCAUCGAGGCCUGGGGGGCGUCACCAUCACUUCAAACCGCUUCUACAAUGCGGGGUGGACCACGGACCUGCGCUUUGUCAUCAGCCUGGUGCAACAAGAUUACCCCCACGCGCCCCUCUAUGCCAUCGGCACGUCCCUUGGAGCCAACAUCCUGGUGAAGUACCUGGGGGAGGAGGGUGCGUCGGGGCCCAUCCAAGCUGCUGUCUCCAUCGGCAAUCCCUGGGACCUGCUGAUCUGUGAUCGAUGGAUGAAUCGGCGGACAAGGCAGCGAGUGUACAACACUGCCAUGGUCACGGGCCUCAGAGACUUUGCCAAGCUUCACAAGGACAGCUUUCAGCACCUCGUGGACGUGCAGCACGUCAUGAAGGCGCGCACCAUCCGCCAGUUUGACGACCGCAUAACUCGCAUUGUCAGCAACUACGAGACCGUAGACACAUACUACCGUCGCUGCGGCUCGGCUCAAUUUCUUCCAGAGGUGGCGGUGCCGCUGCUGGCAGUGAGCGCACUGGAUGACCCCAUCUGCACCCGGGAGGCCAUUCCGUGGGACGAGGCCAAGGCCAACCCAAACGUGGUGUUGGCUGUGUCACACCACGGAGGGCAUCUGGCGUACCUGCAGGGGCUCACUGCCAGCAGCAUAUGGUGGGUGCAGGUAUCAAUAGACUUCUUACAAGCUGUGGUGGAUGCACGCAAGGCAGGGGAGACAGUGGGCCAUGCCCUUCCCGUCUCUUCAAUAGGAACCACCCUCUCCCCUCACCCCCACCCUCACAUCGUCAACCCUUCCCCCGUGUCCCCGUCCUCGUUCAUUCUCCCCUCUGCUCUCCUCCUCCCACCCCUGGUAGCAGGAGAGAGUGGGUGUGUGGAAGGAACAGGGAAGAUUGCUGGAGGAGAGAGGGGCGGAGGUGGGGGAAGGGAAGCAGAGAGGGGGGAAGGACGGGGGAAGGUUCAGUGGGUGGGAUCGUCUGGUGGUGGGCUAGUGGGGAAAGACGAAAGGGGGAGGGGAGAGGUGGGAGAGGGGGAGGGAGAAAGGGAGGAAGAGGAGGAGGAGGAUGAGGAGGAGGGGAUGAGCACUGUAAGCAUGUCAGUGCUGGCAGGGACUAUAGACGGUAGAGAGUCUGUUAUUGACGAGGAUGAGGAGAAGGAGGGGGAGGUGGGGAGCGCAGUGGGAGAGGGGGGCGGCGAGGACGAGUGGGAGAUGGGGCCUGCAGGCGCCAUGUGUGGGGAGGACGACCUGGGGGAGGUCGUAUCUGGGACAGGGAAAACCGGGUCUACUAUCGGCAAUGUAGAGGAUUUCGGUGGGAGAGGAGUGGAGAAGCGAGGAGUGGGGGGAGUGGCGGGAGCAGCGGGGGAAGCAGGGGGAGCAGGAAGAGGAGGAGGGGCGGGGGCAGCGGUGGUGCAGUUGCGGUUUGAGAGUGAGGAGCAGCUGAGAGUGGCUGCUGUGGUGGUGCGCGAACUCAUGAGCAAGCUCUUCAAUCGCCCCUCUCCUCUCGCCGAUCCAUGGCACCCAUGCGACAGCACAAGUCUAAGGACGCCGAUCCAGCAAUGGCCAAUCACCAGCACAACCCCAACCAAGAGCAUCCAAGCCACCCCCCACACCACCACCUGCACUUGCCCCACCACCCUCCCACCUCCCCCUCUCACGCACCCUCCACCGACCACUUUGCAGCUGCAGCCUCCCCCGGUUGGGCAGGUGUAA